AAGUAGUUCCGGCGGGGCGGGGUCAUGUCCUCUAACGUCAGCGUCGGGGCGCGCAGUUCAGUUUAGCUGCUCCGGAGUGGGAGGCCGAGGCGGGAUGUGGGCGCAUAUGAACCGCUCUGCUGAGGAGUUUUAUGCUCGUCUUCUGAAGGAAUUUAAUGAAGCAAAAACGGGAGUCAGUAAAGACCCAUUCAUCUAUGAGGCUGAUGUGCAAGUGCAGCUGGUCAGCAAAGGCCAGCCGAGUCUUCUGAAAACUAUUCUGAAUGAAAACAACCCAGUGUUUCUUGCGGAAAAAGUGCUUUUGGAAAAGGAAGAAACAAGUCAUGUUGAAGAACCACAGUCUGAAGAAACUGCUAUUUCUGAUUUCUCUACUGGUGAAAAUGUCAGGCCACUGGCCUUGCCAGUUGGGAGAGCAAGGCAGUUAAUUGGGCUGUAUACCAUGGCUCACAAUCCUAAUAUGACCCACUUGAAGAUUAAGCAGCCAAUUACUGCCCUUCCUCCUCUUUGGGUGAGAUGUGACAGUUCAGAUCCUGAAGGUACCUGUUGGCUAGGAGCUGAGCUUAUCACAACAAAUGACGUCAUUACUGGAGUUGUCUUAUAUGUGGUCACUUGUAAAGCUGAUAAAAAUUACUCUGAAGAUCUGGAAAAUCUAAAAAAUUCACACAAGAAAAGACAUCACUUGUCUGCUGUAACAGUCAGAGGAUUUGCCCAAUAUGAGCUCUUUAAGUCCACUGAAUUGGAUGAUAUUGUUACCCCAUCACAAACUACAGUCACUUUGGAUCUUUCCUGGAGUCCUGUGGAUGAGAUUCUUCAAACCCCUCCCUUAUCCUCAACUGCAGCUCUGAAUAUCAGAGUACAAUCAGGAGAGCCCAGAAGUUGUUUGAAUCAUCUCCACAGGGAACUGAAAUUUCUCCUUGUUUUGGCUGAUGGCUUAAGGACUGGUGUAACUGAAUGGCUUGAACCUCUGGAAACAAAAUCUGCUGUUGAACUUGUACAAGAAUUUCUGAAUGAUGUAAGUAAACUGGAUGAAUUUGAUGAUUCUACAAAAAAAGAUGUACAAAAAGAGAUGGUGAACCAUGAUGCAGCUGCGGUUGAUAGGUCUGUGCUUAUCACGGUGCGGGGAGAUCUUGAUUUUGCUGAACAGCUUUGGGGCAAAAUGAGCAGCAGUGUGAUUUCAUAUCAAGACUUGGUGAAGUGUUUCACAUUGAUCCUGCAGAGUCUGCAGCGUGGUGACAUACAGCCUUGGCUGCACAGUGGGAGUAACAGUUUACUAAGUAAGCUCAUUCAUCAGUCUUACCAUGGAGCCAUGGACAGCAUCCCUCUCUCUGGAACUACUCCACUCCAAAUGCUUUUGGAAAUUGGUUUGGACAAAUUAAAGAAAGAUUAUAUCAGUUUUUUCGUCAGUCAAGAACUUGCAUCUUUGAAUCAUUUGGAAUACUUCACUUCUCCAUCAGUAUCUACACAGGAGCAGGUUUAUCGUGUUCAGAAACUCCACCACAUUCUAGAAAUACUAGUCAUCUGCAUGCUUUUCAUUAAACCUCAGCACGAGCUUCUUUUUUCCUUAACACAAUCCUGCAUAAAAUAUUACAAACAAAAUCCUCUGGAUGAGCAACACAUUUUUCAGUUGCCAGUCAGACCAACUGCUGUAAAGAAUUUGUAUCACAGUGAGAAGCCACAGAAGUGGAGAGUGGAAAUAAGCAGUAGUCAGAAGAAGGUGAAAACAGUGUGGCAGCUGAGUGACAGCUCUCCUAUAGAUCAUUCCAGUUUCCACAAGCCAGAUUUUUCUGAAUUGACCCUGAAUGAUAGUCUGGAAGAAAGAGCUGCUUUCAUUAACAAGGUUACCUGCAGCCAGGUGCACUUCAAGUAACAUGUGCUAAAGGUCCCUGUCCGGUAUCU